CGGAAAUACAUCAUUGCACGUGUAGCAAUUGACAACCUUGGAAAGACUACAAAACAACUAAGUGGCAGCUUAUGUCUCACAACGAACCGCUCCAGUGAUGCCAGUAACAAGACUAUUAUAUCCCCUCUACCAGUUGGGCAACCCUCAGCUGAGGAUCUUCAGACCCAACUGGUUCCUGACUCUGGUGAGGCCAGGAAAAGAGAUGCCUCCUGACACUGCCCAGUUUCGCAUACCAAUGGUAAUGACCAAGUAUGACGUAAAGAACUACCUGGAGAAGAUCUAUAACGUCCCUGUGGGAACAGUCCGCACCAGGAUACAGUUUGGAUCCAACAAGAAGAGGAAUCACCUGAACCAGAAGGUUAAGCAGCCGGACUAUAAAGUAGCCUACGUUCAGCUGGCUCAAGGCCAGACGUUCACCUUCCCUAACAUCUUCCCAGAAAAGGACAGUGAGCCGACGGAGGGCUCCAUGGAGGAGGUGCAGGAGAAGUUCAUGGAGGACGAGAAGCAGAAGCAGAAACUCGACCCCAGGAGAGGAGGGGUCACAGAGUGGUUCGGACUCUGAGACAACCCACUGACCAGGAACUCUAUCUGCAUACAUAUAUAUAUCUAUAUAUGUGCAUGGGUGUUUCAUUGGGAGCAACAUGUAUUGAUUUACAAUGCAACUGUUGUGAUGUCACUUCUAUUUCUGUAAGAAACACUCGCGAGUGUGUAGUAAAGAAGAAUGAGCAUGUGUGUGGGAGACUGGAGACAUGUGUUUUGUGUGUGUGUGUGUGUGUGUGUGUGUGUGUGUGUGUGUGUGUGUGUGUGUGUGUGUGUGUGUGUGUGUGUGUGUGUGUGUGUGUGUGUGUGUGUGUGUGUGUGUGUGUGUGUGUGUGUGUGUGUGUGUGUGUGUGUGUGUGUGUGUGAGAGAGAGAGUUAGUGAGGCUUCAGUCCAGUAACCCGAGCCAGAACAGAAUCGCAGGAGGAGGAGAGUGGCCCGGCUCCAUGUUUCAUGAAACCAGCCCACCGUACAGAAUCUCCAUCACCUCAGAUGACCUCCUCUUCUUCUCUCUCCUACUGUUCCUGUUCCACCUCCUCCUCCUUUCACUCCUCCUUUUUGGGCCCAGUAUCCCUGCAUCUCCUCUUCUCUUUAUCCCUCUUGUUUCCUUUGCUUUCUUUGUCGUCUAUCUCCUCCAUUGUUCCCCUUUCUUCUCCUUCUCCUACACUGCUCUUCCUCUGCCACACUGGGGAGUGGUAUAGUGUGGUAUCCCUUGUAGCUCUGACUCCCAGCCAGUUGGAUCAGACUACCUGGACAACCCACAUCCUUUCCUCUUUUAUGAGUUUGCCUUGGAUUAAUUGACCACUUUAGGUAAACAACAAUUGAGAUGUUGUUUCAGCAAAGCAACGACAUGGAAUUUGUUGGAGUGUUUUAUUAUUCUGUGGUAGCACCACUUGCCAUAACUCUGAGAGAAGAUUGUACCCUGUGUUUGUGUGUGUGUUUGCCUAACAUAUGGGACUUGCCAGUGAAUCUGUCUAAUUGUAAGUGCUGUUGGAAUAAGAACUAAUAAACGGUCACUUCUCCAAAAGUG